UACGGUCGGUGCAAAUCUGGAAGGAACCGUUUUGCAUCUUCCUUAUUGUAGAGACAUGAAGCAGGUGGGAGGUUCUAAGAGAGCUUGGUGAAUAAAUGGUAAGACAACACUGUUUCUCCACAUUCACCUUUCAUUAUCAAGACAAUAUGGGUAAUUCUAUGCCUGCAGGUCGUGACAUUAGAAUUGUGAUGAUUGGAAAAACUGGAGCGGGUAAAAGUGCCACGGGAAACACCAUUCUGGGCCAACAAAUGUUUACAUCGAUGGAAGACGCUAAAUCGGUGACUGAGAGUUGUGUUAAAGAAAGAGUUCAUGAUAAAAGAUGGAUAUAUGUGGUGGACACACCAGGACUGUUAGACACAGGGAAGACUGAAGAACUUGUCAAAAAGGAGAUAGUGAGGUGUCUUCAAAAGUCAGCCCCUGGUCCUCAUGUCUUCUUGCUGGUGGUGGAGGCAACGACAUGGAGAAAGGAGGAUCAGAAUACUGUGGAUGAUCUGGAGAGGCUCUUUGGACCAGAGGUCUUCAAGUUCAUGAUUGUGCUCUUUACUCAUGGUGAUAAACUUGUGGGUCAAACAAUAAACAACUUCAUAUCUGAUGGCCAUGAGUGUGUUCGAGCAAUUAUAAAACGCUGUUUUGGCAGAUUCCAUGUUUUUGACAAUACAAGUGGAAGUAGAGGUCAAGUUGUUGAGCUGGUCAAGAAGAUUGAUGAGAUGGUGGCAGUAGCUGGAGGAGGGUACUUCACACAUAGAAGAUAAAGCUUGUGUUUUUAGACCAUAUCCUUAAUAGUCCUUAAUUAUGGAGAAAGGGUCGGUGGAAAGUGCUGUGUCAUGUUAGUGGAAAAGUACUGUAGAAUAUAUUGCAUAUGUAGCAGGGCACGUUAACAGGAAUCCUGUUCUCUAACUAUGUCACUUGAUUUCAUGAGAAAAAGUUUCUGCAGUGAGGGUGUGUAAUGAAAGUCAAGGUGUCCUUGGAUGAGUGUGAAAAAGAUGCAUAACUAGCAUUGUUAAAAUAACUGUUUUAAUGAAAUCUGACCAGACCAGUUCAAACCCUAAAAGAAGACAAUGUUCAGCUGUACAAUUACAAACUGCAGUAACAACACAUUUGAUCAAAAUGCUGCCCGAAAUCAGGCUCUGUAGUAUCAGUUUUAUCUUUUGACCAAGUGUCCUGGUUCAAUUUUCUUCUGUUUCAGUGAAAAUGUAAUGUCAAAUUUGAGAACUACAAAAUCCAAGUAAAAACCAAGGCAAACAGCAGUAAGUGAAGUUA